AUGGCGAAAUCAGGCAAGAAGAGCAAGACCAAGUCAGAUAACAAGCAAAAGAAUAAGAAGGGAAAGGGUCAGGAUGCGCCAGAUAACCAGACACCUCCACCCGCACCUGCCUCACAGGAACCAGAAGAGCAGCAGCCAGAGCAGCCACGGCAGUCGGACGCAGAGCCCGAGACGCAAGUCAAUUCUCCGUCGUCAGAAACAGCUCCCGCCACUGGCUCACUGCCGGAACCAACGCAAGAACCAGAGGUAGUACCAGAGCCAGACGUGCAGCAAGAACACUCAUUGCCUGAAGAACACUUGCAGCCUGAGGAGCAAGUGCAGCCCGAGGAACAGCUACAGCAACAGUCGGAAGAGCAGUGGCAUCUCGAAGGGCAAUCACAACCCCAGGAGCAGCUCCAGUCGGAAGACCAGUUGCAGCCAGAACAUCAAUUACACUCCGACGAGCAGAUCCAACCUGCAGAGCAGCUACCACUCGACGAGCAAUUACAAUUCGAGAACCAGAUACAGCCUGCAGAACAGCUAUCUGACGAGCAAUUUCAGCCUGCAGAACAGCUACCGCUUGAAGAGCACUUGCAGCCGGAGCAGUUCCAACCCGAAGAGCAGUUUCAGCCCGAAGGACAGUUUCAGCCUGAAGAGGAGUUUCAGCGUGUCGAGCAGCUACUGUCGGAAGAACCGCUACAGUCUGUUGCCGAAAAUACCCCACCUUCGUGGGCAGACGCCGACCACAGUGUUCCACUCGACAAUCCUGAGAUGUCCAUAGACCAGCAGCAGGACGCGGACGAUGUCCAACUCGCCUUCACAACCCCUCGAGAAUCCCACUUCAACGAAUUUGAUAACGACCCAUUCGUCGACGAGACCGGGCCUAGUAACGGAGAACAUACCUACCACGAAACAAACGGUGGUCCUCUGGAACCACCAGAGCAGGCGCCGGUGACAGCACCGCAGACCCCCACGUGCCUCCAGGAACCUGCCUCGGGUGCUUUGCCGUCGCCCUCUGAGACAGAACGCCAGUUCAUCCCGGGUUCUCCUCGGUCUAACACUGGUCCUCUCGAGGUCGAUACACAUGCAGAGAAUAUGUCGAACCCUUUCGUUUCGUCAGCGGUUGCGUCGCCAGCUCCUCACGCCUCUUCACCGGUGCAUCAGACAACUCCACCCGCGUCCAAGCCUGCAACUCCCGUGCCAGAGGCCACUUCAGCGACCCCAGAGCCCAUCUCACCGUCAGUCAAACCGGCUUCGCCCAACGUGCAGGUGGCCCCUACACCCCCAAUCACGUCUCCCAUGCCGCAACUUGCUUCGCCAGUCCCGCAGCCGGUUUCAUCUUCCCCUCGGGCUUCUCCCAUGGCCCAACCUGCUUCACCAUUGUCAGAGGCUGCUGGUCCUGUUCAAAAGCCUGCUUCCCCGGCACCGCCGCCGUAUUCUACAAACCAUGCCCCUUCGCCCGUUCUACACUCUCCGUCCCCCAAAACCGCUUCUCCUGUGCGCAAGUCCAGCUCCUCGGCUGCCAAGACCGCGUCUCCUGGACAGAGGAGGGCCUCUCCGGUUCCAAAAUCCGCCUCCCCCUUACCCAAAGCCAGCAGUCCCCUGGCCCGCCCAUAUAUGUCUCCGAUGAUGGCCCCCCACGUGACGCAUAUGCCGCACUCCAUGGGAUCUAUGCCUCCCCCAACUGCCCCCGUCACCAUGGCGCCCAAUUAUGCUGCCGCUUACCAGUCUCCGGUGAUGAGCUCCGCGGGGUUCUUGCCGCCGUACCACCCAUACUACCACGCCUCUCCCACCAUCCAUCACGCCGCGCCCCAGCAGACUCCCAACACCGCGUCUUUCCAAGCCUUGCGCGAACUAGGGUUUGGGGGCGCACCUGGGAUCAAUGGCAAGGGGACCAUGUCGCCCCCGGAGCACCAUGACGAGCCUAUCGAGCUUCUGCAAAGGAUCCAGGAUGCUAUUCCCGACAUCAGCCGCCUGAUGGGCAGUUAUAGAAACACCAAGAGCAAGCUGCACAAUCGCGAGAUUGAGUUCAAGCAAUUGGAGACGCAGCAUGAGCAGGCCAUCAUGUCCAAGGACUUCUACAUUGAAGCCCUGCAGAGCCAGAUGCGGAAAGCGGCUAAUGAGAGCGCAGAGGAGUCGAGGAACCUCAAGAACUCGAUCAACGAACUGCGCAUGGAGCUGGGGAAUCUGGAAGAGAAGUGGAAAGACCUGGAGGAGAGAUUCGAGGACUCGGAGAAAGCCAACGUGGAGUUGUCGCAUUCGAAAUCCGAGCUCGAGACGCAAGUCCGAAACCUCAACCACGACCUGGAGGAAACCCGCGACAACCACGCGAAGGAGCUGGAGCGGCGGACGGAAGAGCAAGAGCAAGCCCUGACGACUCAGAAGCAGGAGUUGACCGAGUUUUUCGAGGAGAUCAAGGCGGAAGACGAGAAGGCGGCGGCCGAGACCUUGGCCGCACGCGAGAAGGAGCUCCUCGACGACCAGGAAGCGAUGAAGGCGGACUAUGAGAAGCAGAAGGAGGAGAUGCAGGCUUCGCGUGACGCGCUCCAGUCCGAGUUUGACUCCACGGUGGCGGAGCUUAAUACGACCAAGACGCAGCUUGAAGACAAACACAACGAGUUGGAGCAGACGAAGGAGCAGCACGCCAAGGAGGUUGCAGAUAUGCAGCAGUCGCAUACCGAGGAGGUGGAUUCUCUCAAGGCCAGCCACGCCGAGGUGGUGGCCGGGCUGGAGAAGGAGAUUGCGGAACGACUGGAACAGAUCGCCAAGCUGGAGGAGGAGGGCGCUUUUAAGGAACGGCAGCUUCAAGGCGCCACGGAAGGAAUGCGCCUGACGAUUGAUAAUCUGGGCAAUGACUGUGACCGGCUGCGGAAGACCCUGACCAGCCUCGGAGAAGCCACUGACUUGAAGAGCACGAAGGGUGAUUCUUUCUUCGUCGACUGCUUCGACCAGCUUUCCCAACAGAUUGUCUCCUUGUCCGAGGAGUACUUUGCGUACCUUCCCAUUGCUCCCCCCAAGGACGUCUUGGACAAGUUACCCUCGGAGCUGCCGUCGUUCCUGGACAACACCCGGGCGUCGCGCGAGCUGCGAUCGGCGUAUGUGCAGCACGUCCUGUCGAAAACCCUGACCUACCGGAUCUUCCAACCGUUCCUGUUCACGCUCGGACGGCGAUACGACAAGGCCGAUACGUUCUUCCAGAUGCUCUCGAUGGACAUCCGGCGCAAGUCCGUCCGGCGCGAGACAUUCUGGCGCCAGCAGACGCUCAAAGCGGCAUACACGACCUCGGACGCCAAAGAAUCAAUCAACGUGGCGGCGGCGGUAAUCGUGGACGAGAUCGUGGGACAGCUGAAGCCAUUCGUGGACCAAACGCGCCUGGACGCGCUGCUCACGGCGGUACGACGGAUCGUCAAGCUUGCAGCAGAGACAUGGCGACUGGCGCGGGUCGAGCGCGAGCUCAUUCUGGCGUCUCUGCCAUCCCCCAACGCAGACGCGGUCAGCAACGACGCAUGGGACGAACACGGGACGCCCAAGGAAGGAUGCGUCGGGUCAAAGGGGGAUCCCACGCGGCAUGUGAUCCUGCGGACGUUCCCCCGGAUCGUGCGGGAGGCGGCGCACGAGGACUUUGCGGAGGACGAGGGCCGCGAGAGCCCGUGUACGUAUGCCCCCGGGCGGGUGCUCUUCUCGGACUCGCCGGUGGUGAUGGCGCGACGGCAGGAGCUGGCGCAGAGGUCGAGCGAGGGGUUGGUGGGUGGGGAGGAUAUGUCGAGACGGGGGUCGAGGGAUACGAUCCAGACGCGACGGGGGCGGGGGAGUCCGGAUAUUAUGAGGAGAAAGGAACCAACGGGACUGCCCGGGCGGGUCCAGUUCGUUCCAUGUUUUAUCUUUGUGAAGUAA